GGGAGUAGUGUGUACCCAGUUGGCUCUCGGUUCGGUUUCGCUCGCUGCGUUAGAGCACACUACUUGUGUAACCCGCGCACCGGGCCACUUUCCGCUAACCAGCUAGUUGUUGUUUCGGCAUCAUCAACCGUGAUCGUCGGUGGGGCCGGUUCAGGGGCAAUAUAGAAUUAUUUCCGCGACAGUUUUUGUUCUCCUUCUGCUUCAGCUUUGUGUUCGGUACACUUCGGCGUCUAGCGGUUUAGAACACUUUGGCGUAAAACUUAUCUCGCUUCCCGCUCGUUGCUGUAUUAGUUCGCGACGUGCCCCUUUUAUCCGUGCGGUCCACAGCGGAAAGGGUUGACAAAACAAAAAACGGGGGUUAGAGGAAUACAAAGGCUAAGAUAUUCCCUAUACGGACCGGUUGUACGUCUAUUUGCAAAUGUGUGAUAUAUGCGGCUGUUCUAGCGUUAACAGCUGAGGGCGGUAUACGGUGUGGCAUGUGUCAAGUGGGACGACAGACGACGACGACGACGCUCUACACUUACCUCAUCUCCUCGCCUGCUUCAUUUCCUGGAAGGGUUGCCUGGUGCUCUGGUGGAUGCAUUUUGCAGUUUAUUUACGCGUAGACGACCCGCGUUUGUGCUUUGCGCGUGUUAAUUUAUUGUGCUGCUGUAUCGCAAAUUGAAGAUCGGAGAGUUGUGUGCCAUAUUUGUGAGAAACCGACCCCGAAAACAAAAUCCACCGCUCCAGCAGCAGCAGUAGUGGAGUAGUGUCGUACCCAGGUGCCACACAGAAGCCAAGCAGGCUGCGAAAAAUCGAUUAAUACUUAAUCGUUUGCUGGUGGUGGUGUGCAGUGUGCGCGUGUGUGUGUCAAAAAUUUGACAGAAGCCGGCUAACCGGAAGGUCCCGUCCGUCCUGGUUAACGUUACAGGCAGGAAGCGAUAAAACCCACCGCACAGUGUGAGAUAGAAAUCGGCCAAAAAUGCACUCCAAAUGUAGUGUGUGUUGUUGGUGAUGAAUUGCAAGUUUUAUCGCGCUGUUGUUUUCUCUGAAGCUAGAACGUAUAAACCGCAACCCCUCGCUCGCACGAACGGGAAUUGAUUUCAUUUGAGUGCAUUUAAGCUGAACGCUUCCAGUACCCGGGAGUAUCUACACCGUCCGGUUGCUAUUUUCCAGGCAGGGGAACCCUAUUAAACCGAACCACAGAGUUCUUGGCAGGUGUGUGGACGCCUACACACGCACUCAUAACGGUCUCUGCUUCAACGACUCCCGAACAAACGUGCGGUUGUGUGUACGUGUUUGCUGGACAACGAAAGGAAAAGUGCAUUGUGGUGCGGUUUCCGGAUCAGGCGGAACCCCAGCAGAGAGUGAGGAUCAAAACGGAGCGGUACCUACGGUGACAUAUUCGUCGAGAACACACACUCAAUCAAAGAAGGCACGACACCCGGCAACAUGGCGACGCUGAUGGAAGGAAUAAUGAUAGCUGCGAUGAAUGUCUUCCUCAACAGCCUGUCGCUUCAGGUGGUGGUGGCCAUGGUCGUUGGUAGCCUGCUGUCCAACACGUUUAAGUACCAUGCGAAAAUGUUUAUCAUCGUGCUAAUGUCAUUUCUGGUACUAGUCGUCCCGAUACCGCUGUUUCUUUUCAAACCUCGCUGGCCACUGAAUGCGCUAAUUCCUGGCAUUGUGGCAUGUGCAUUUAUUCGACUGUUCGGCGUGGAGUAUGAAAUCCGAGGACAGGAACAUAUUAACGUUCGUAAUGGUGGCGUUGUGCUGCUCAAUCAUCAAAGUGCAAUCGAUAUAGUGAUGCUAUCGCGAUUGCUACGAGAGUUCCGUAACAUCGUACCGGUGGUAAAGAAGGAACUGUUCUACAUGCUCCCGUUCGGUAUCGCGUCCUACCUCGUGGGGGUUGUGUUUAUCGAUCGCAAAAAUACCGCCUCCGCAAAGGACGUUAUGAAACGAGAAGCGGUCGCCAUUACCAAGGACCAUCUAAAAUUGGCCAUAUUCCCUGAGGGUACGCGCCACGACAACGAUACGUUGCUACCGUUUAAGAAAGGUUCAUUCCACGUUGCCGUCGAUUCGCAAUCCAUCAUCCAGCCGGUGAUCGUGUCCAAGUAUCACUUUAUCGACCACAAACGUAAACGGUUUGGAAGGGGCCGUGUGAUCAUUAAGAUUAUGCCCGAAAUCCCAACCAAGGGUAUGACGAAAGCGGAUGUGAACGAGCUGACGGAACGGUGCCAACAUCUGAUGCAAACGGAAUUCGAUGCGCUCAGUGCGGAAGCGAAACAAUACUGCCAUAACUGAGACGACACACUAACAUCCUCCUCAAAAGCGUUCGGAAUAUAUAGGAUGUCAUAAGCAGUAGCAAAGCAAUAAUAGUCAUUGUUGCGGGGACCAGCGCUAGAUGGAGACUAGUUGCAAGAUUAAAUCAACGUUCAAGUGCAAAGACAAAAACAUUGAACAGCAGAACAAUCUUUGGAAUAGAAGCCGAAGAGACAAUCUGUGAUCAUAUGGUGUCCACGCUAUACUAUCCGGUCACCAGUUCGUGCUUCGUCGAUAUUAAUAUCUGCCCAAACGAGAAAAGAGACAGUUAGCUAUAGUUCCGGGACAUACAAUCAUCCCCGAAAACAGGGUUCCCGGCAGUUACUAUCAGACUCGUACCUGGUACCUGAGUACUUUCCUGAGUACGAUAAGCAAUUUCAAUCGACACCAUCUGAAAGAUGUAAACGUCGGAGAUAUACUCAACGUCAACCAAACGAUCGUAUGGAAGCGCACCUAUAAAAGACAGGAACGAAACAAGCGCAUAUAGGGAGUAGUUAGAGUAGUAGAAACACAUACACACAAAUACAGUGUUCGGUGGUUGUGUUGAUGUGCUAAAGGUUAAACAAUCAUUUAGAAAACAGAAACGACAGGUCAAAAAUUGUAACGUAGACAUAAAACGAUCAUGAUAGGGAGUGAGUGAGAGUGAGGAAACAGGAAAGCUGUAAAAUUCGUAGCGAGUCACUAAACAGUAGUAAGUAUAGGAUUUCGAUUUCGGCUAUGUUUUUGAAACGUAGUAUUAAGAAAUCAUGCAAUUAUUUACUUCGUAGUGUACCGACAACAUUAACCAAAAACAAAAAUAACUGUGAGGAACUGCACGUUCUGCUGUCUAGGACAACGUUGUUUAGGUCGAAAUAAAACGUAUGGCUAAUUUUAGGCAACCACA